ACGUCCUAAACAUAAUAGCAUUUCUUGAUUUUAAUUAAAUUUAUUUAAAAAUGAAAGUAUAUUCGAUAAUUUGUCUAAUUUCCGUUGCAUUCAGUUUGCACGAGGUUGUCGCCUAUAAGGAAAUUACAGGUAUUUUGGAUAAUGCGAAAGACUUGACACCAGAAGAAAUUAAUGCACUUCGCCCACUUUUCAAUGACUUACAAUCACAAUAUGAUUACAUUGUAAGCAUGGGAACAGAUGAUACAAAUAUGGAGGAACUUUACGAUGCAACUUUCAAUGAAUACUUUGCAAGCUUUUUCGAGUCUGAUGGAGAAACUAUGGGCUAUGAUACUAGCUUGCCGACUGUAGAAGAACUUAUAGGUGAAUCCACAUACUUCUCAACACUUGAGGAACAAAAAGAAAUGUCAGAUCUGCAAAGCAUUUUAGAAGAUACCUUAGAGGAAGCGCAAACAAGCAUUGAUGAAUUAGUUAAACGAGCUAUCACCAUUGAGAGUCAGUUGCUCAAACUCAAUAAGCCAAAAAUUGUUACUUACAUCUACAAAGCAUUGGGCGUGGUCUUCAAAGUUGCAGUGCGCGUAUCGCGUGCUGCUUAUUGCACGUAUUCACAUAUACCACAAUUGAAUACUUCAUUGCAUAAUAUAUAUGAUGGCAUUGAUUGUUAUAGCUACACCAGCAAACUUAUUUUGAAGGUACAAACUCAGACUGUAAAUACGGUCUUAACCAUUCGGAAAAAUGUUUACAACUUGGCUGACGUAUAUAGAAAAGUAGCUGGUAAACAGUCAUUAGUUGGCAAGAUCACGACAAUAAUAUUGAAUGUAUUUAAAAUUUUGAGAAACAUAAGGGAAGCUUAUACCACUGCUACGCAUGCUAUGGAUGCACUUCAAAACGAACUUCCCGAUGCAGCCUUAAAGUCAGUGAAUUGCGGAAAGGACUUUGCUGCUACAAUUCCAGAUACUAUUGCAACUGUUACAGAACUUACGACUUGCAUUGCCUUUGUGGAUGACAGCAAAGAAGAUUACGAUUUCAUGAAACCGGUAAAUCAAACCAGGAUAAAUAGAGAUAUAAAACGAAAGUAGAAGUAUUGCUGACAGUACCUUAGACUUCAAUGUAAUUGAAUUUAUUUAUAAUUGUAAUAAAUAAAAUAAAAAUU